UCACAUAGAUUUGAGAAUUGAGAUUUGAGUCUUGAGAACGAUCAUGUUUUCGUUAUCAUUUUUUAUUUUGAGUUGAAAUAUCUUUGUAAUUCCUCUAUGUGACUACAUCCAUAGUUCAUAUGUUAUUGAGGAUUUAUUGUAUUUUUUUUUGGUGAAGUUGCUUGAUUUAUUAUUAAUUGAAAAGCUGAUAUGUUUCGUAUUAUUUGCUUUGUCAAAUGUGAAAAGCAUUAUUAUUUUAUGGCAUCGAGUAGUUAUAUAAAACUGUAAAAGUGAAUUACCCAGUGCCAUAAUGCCCCUUCAACAAAUAAACGUGAAGAAUUCAUCAGAAAUUGAGAGUUGGGAAUGGGGUGGUGGAUGUGGCAAAGAAACAAUUCGUGCAGGGUCUGGUAGUAGUCAAACAUCUUGUAGUAAUUCAAGUGGUGAUAUUUGCAGGAUUUGUCAUUGUGAAAGUGAAAUACAUAAUCCUCUUUUAGCUCCAUGCUAUUGUUCUGGCAGCUUGAAAUAUGUUCAUCAAAGCUGUUUACAACAAUGGUUGACAGCCUCGGAGACAAGAUCAUGUGAAUUGUGUAAAUUCAACUUUAUUAUGCACACAAAAAUAAAGCCUUUCAGUGAGUGGAGGCUAUUGGAGAUGUCCGGUGUUGAGAGGCGGCGGCUCUGUUGCGCCGUGCUCUUUCACUGUGUGGCCGCGCUGUGCGUCAUGUGGUCUCUCUUCGUACUCAUAGAGCGCGCCGUUGAGGAGGUCAACAAGGGACAGAUCGCAUGGCCGUUUUGGACGAAAUUAGUGGUGGUCGCAGUGGGUUUCACCGGCGGCGCUGUGUUUAUGUACAUCCAAUGUCGACAAUAUUUACACCUUUGCAAUCGAUGGCGGGCUCAUAAUCGUAUACUGCUGAUCCAGAACGCGCCGGAGAAGCUGCCGAUCGCCGCGUCGCCGCCGCUGCGCUGCAAGCGGCGCGAGCGCAGCACGCGCGGGCAGGUGGUCGCGAACAUCGAGCCGCCGCCGCCGCCCGUCGCCUACCACGAGGAGGACGAGAGCGGCGGCUUCGAGACUUAUAGGGGCAAUCCUCAUAGGAGACUGUCCGCGCUGAACGAGGACCGGCUGCGUGUGGAGCCGCACGAAGAGGCGCGGCGCUACUCCGACACGCGGCUCGCGCAGCCCGCAGCAGCCGCCGCAGCAGCCGCCGCCGCCGAGGACGCCGCGCAGCCCGCCACUGAGGCGGGCGUGUACCACAUAACGGUGGACCCGCUGGAGGCGGACAUCCGGUCGCUGCUGGCGCUGGAGGCGCGGCGCGAGGCGCGCGCGGCCCGCUCGCUGCCCAACCUGCGCGCCAGCCGCGAGAGCCUGCUGCCCGCGCCGCCGCCGCGCGCGCGCCCGCCCUCCUGAGCCCGCCCCGCGCCGCUCACCCUCUACCUGGACGACAACGUCUACUAGCGGGGCCCGACCCACCGCCGUGUCAACCGCCCCUAGCGGCCCAAGUGGACUGUGUGCGCUCAAUUGUGGGAACCAGCCAUAGUGACGGAUACUUUUGGCCUGUGUCCCGUAAUAGUGUGAAUUAAACAUAGUGGCUGUUUGACCAUAUGAAAUAACCAGUAGGUCGAAUAAGGGUCUAUAACAGUGUAAAGUGUGAAUUUUAAGUUGUGAACUGUGUAUCUAUGAAGAGAUAUAAUAGAGUCUGUAGACACUAGCAAGUGUGAAGUAGUUAAAUGACCACUGCAAGGGAAGGAGCUUCGAAGACUGUUGUGUUAUAUGAAGGAGGUGGACUAUGGAGUCUAAUAUAACCAUAGUUAUUAAUAGAGUGGACAUGAAUGAAGUUAACUCGCUGUGUGCCAAUGUAGUGAUACAUCAACACAACAUGCCAUACCAAUAUUGCAAUUAUAGAUCAGAAACUGUAGACUGGAAGCAAACUUGGUUGAUCACACACCAAAUUUACAGUUACUGUUACAAGGAACUGCCUUUCUGAAAGCUCUGAGAACAAUAUGUCUGGAUAAAAAAAAAUAAAGGCAAGAAUAUAUACUGAAAUUGAUUGAAUGGUAAUUUUCAAGGUGAAUAAAGAACUGUUAGUGCUAGAUUUGGUCUGAAUUUAUAUCAUAAUAGUACUCGAUCGAUAUCUUAUUAGACUGGAACUAAAAAAUGAGGCCUAGAAACGAGAAUGAAAAUGAAGUUACAGUAAUUAACGAACAUUAAACAGAAAAAGGCCAUAGUGUUGGGCAAUGUUUGGUCUGCUGCCGGUGUAGAGAUAUACGUACAGAUAUAUCUACUUCAUCAUCUAUUAAUAUGGAGAGAUAACUUGAAACAAUCAUAACAAGGAUAUUCUAAGGACAUCUGUGUAUGCACUACAACCAAAGAGUAAUCAGACUGUAUUAAGAAAGUAGCGUAACGAAAAUAUGUUGCUAACUUCAGUCCAAAAGGUUACAUCUAUCCUCCAGUAUAAGUGUCAAAGUGGUCAAAUUUGUGUUCUUGCGGAAUGACUGUAGUGUAAUCGAUUGUCAUUCGCUUAGUGUGUACCAUACACUAGAGGAUAUGAGAAUAGUUUGAUUAUUCUCAAGUUACAAAUAAGUUUUAUAAAUUUUUGUUGCUCUACAGUAAACAUUAGAAAUAACAUGAUUUUUCAUAUAAAAAAGUUUGUCUGUGGCUAUUUAUAAUGAAAUGCUUAGUAGCACUAUGCAAAAUCUUGUGUCCUAAACAAAAUAUACAUAACAAUGUGCUGUUUUGUGCAAUAUUAUAACUGAUUUUAUGCUAAAUUUGUAUUAAUCAUGCCUAGUUUGAUUUAGCUGAUUUUAAUAAUGAAGAUAUAGCGUAUAGGUUUUUACAACCAUCAUUACCGAAAGCUGUAUGGGGUGUUUGUUGUGUUUAUUAUUGUUACAUGUUCUCUGAUAUACAUAAAGAUUAUCAAAAUAAAAAAUAAAAAAUGUUUUCCUUUAAAAAUUACUGAAAUUACAGAGAUGUGAAAAUUUACAGCAUGAUAAAGUAUCCUGCUGUAUGUACACUGUGCAAACUGUAAAUCUAUUUACAGUUUUUUACUAUCUACAAUUAUGAAGUAAAACAGUUCCUUGAUUUUAUUCUAACUAUUUCAAAAAUAUACUUAAGGCAUAGGCAUACUUUUUUUUUACAUCAUAGUGGGCAUGGGGCUGGUGGUUCGCCUAAUGGUAAGUGAUCUAAUCUGCCCAUGAACAUUUGCAGAGGUAGUUCCGAUCUUCCGUUGGGGUGUGGUAAUUCCACGGGACAGUUGGUCCAAAUCUCACUGAAGCGUGCUCGACGAGCACACGAGGAAAAUAUGUUUUUAUAAUAUUGAUGAAUAUUUAACGAAGGAUCAUUUUUGUGGAAAUAAAAAGGUUAUGGACAUGUAAUAAUAAUAAAAUAUAAUUUUGAAGAAAUUGAAUCAUAGUGGUAUAUAGAAGACAAUAAUCAGGUAAAUUUAUAAAAAAAAAAUGCAUUUGGUAAUGAUGGUUUAUAAAUAAUUAUGGAAUAAUUAUGUUCUUCUAUAUUUUGUUUUUUAAAUUCAACAAUAAAAAAAAUAUCUUACUAAUAUUACAUUGAUGUAUAUCUAUUUCCUUAAAAACUUACAACUUAGCCACGAAAGUAAAUGAACAGUGUUUUUAGUUGAUGUGCCAUUUUUCAUCAUUCAUAUUACAAUGAACUAUCACAUAUACAUAUAAAUUAGUCAUGUGUAUAGGAUUUAGUGAAUGUAAAUAUUUUGUGUAAUAUACAAUAAUAAUGAUAGACAUGUGCCCCAUUUUUUUAAGUAUGUGUAUCCGGGCAUUGAGAAAGUUUUGCUUGUAAAAAUUUGUAUUGGCGUCGCAAGUACUUAGCAAUAUAUAAAGUUUGGUCUACUUAAUUUUCGAAGGUUGAAUUCAUUUGCAAUUUAUUUCAUCUCGCAUUUAUGUCAUGUUCCUCGUUACGAAAAGUCCGUCCUCAUCACAAAAGUAAUAAUAUUUUUUAUAAUUCUGCAAAAACUUAAUGGUUUGUUUAUUUUUGAUUUUAUCAUAUAAGUCAUACUUCUCUCUACAAUCAUCUAUGUAAUAGUAAUACAUCUAGUUCAAACUAGAUAAGUCCAAUAAUGGAAAAUUGUAUUAAGGAUGGAUUCUCAAAACACUUAGGUAUCGGACGUUUUUCGUAAGAACUUCCAGUGGUCGUGAGUGACAAAAUAAAAUAACACUUAAUAUCACACGGAAAACAUGUACAUCAGCUUUUUUUCGGGUUUAUUUUUAACAUUUUCGUGAACAUAUUCCCCAUGUUUUGAAGAUAUUAUAUCAAGGGUAUUUUUGAGAAACAGCAUUAUGUAAAUAAUAACAGAAAAAUAGUUCAGGAGUAGGCAAUUUUGAGUGUAACAUCAACAUAGGAACAGAUAGUAUCAAAAUUUUCAACAAAAGAUUUACCGUUAUUCGGAGAAAGUAAUCUAUUUGUAGCAAUCGUUUGUUUUGUUCGAUACCGCAAUAUAGCUUAUUUUUGUCGGAGUUGAGAAUGCAUCCUUAAACCGAUAUUCUAUAAUCGUUUUGCGAUCAAUUGUGUUAAUUUUUUACAUUAAUAUUGAUUGUUUUUGAGAUUUUGGCAUAAACUUUUUAUUUUAUUACAUGAACAGUUAAUUGCAUGCUUAUUUAAUCUCUGUCCAAAUAGAAUCUCACUAAGUAUGUAUCUUCCCGUCCUCUUGAUCUCUUGUUUUUUCUCUAGUAGAUCUAUUUUGUUUACUGGGUUACUUGUAUAAUUUUUUCCUGACAUUGCUUCAACUUUUUGGUUAGGAUAAUACACAUUUUGUGUAUUCAAGUUUAAGUUUCAUAUUGUUACAAAGAAUUUACUUUGGAAGUAAUAAACUUUUAAAUUAUAUGUAAAAUACUAUUGAUAUUGUAUAUUUUCAUUACGUAUGUACUAUGUAUGCAUACAUGAAUUUAAAGCUUUCUUAUAUCAUUACAAUAUAAUUAUUACUAUUACUAUGUGUGUUCUUGACAUUUGCCUAUAAAGAAAUGUAUGUAUAGAAUAAUAUGUAUAUAUAAUGAACUUACUGUAAGUCCUAUAAUUGUUAACCUUACCAAUCUAGAUUUUGGCUUGAUAUGUUACUCUUUUAAUUAAUAUUUAGCUACAUUUUUAGUUUGUUCAUAUUAUCUAUUGGUAAAUAAUAGUAAUUGUGAAUGUCCAUGAAAUCAUGUCUAGGUAAGUUAUUAAUGUAACACCUUUAAUAUGUUAUCUGUAGAUAGGUGAAAAAAAAAGAUUUGACAUUUGGUGCUAAAGUAUCAAGGCUCUGUUCGCAACAUUGGACGAAAGUUUAAUACCAUCAUAACAUAAUAAAUCCAGGUGGCCAUGCCUAUUUCAUCUACAUUUUAAACCAAUUCUAAAAGCUAACAUAAUGUAAAAUAGACUAUUUCGAGACAAAUGGGCAAUUCAAUAUUUCUUUUUCAGGUUUCAGUAUUAAAAUAGUUUGUGUUGGAUAUAGAAUAUUUGCAUUUAACCUUUGCUAAAGUAUAAAUGACUUAUUAAAAUUAUGUAAAUACUGGAUUAGCAUUGAGUCUGAUUCGAAAGAAGUCUGAAAAAAAUUAAACUUAAGUAAAAUGCACAAAAAUUGAACACUGUCCGUUAUUAUAGCCAACGAAUCGCUUUUCAUUCGCAAAGAGCAUCGAUAUGAUAAACUUUUAUCGUCUAUAUCGCUGACAUAUCGGUAUCGCGUUGAUGAAAAUAGGCUCUCGAGAAUUCACCUUCAAGUAAAAUUCGGUGUUUGAAUUUUAAAUGUUACUGCAUAUCACGUAAACACUUUUGUCGUGUUACUUGUACUAAUGUAAAUAAUUGCUUCCGAAUAUAAAAGUUGGAAAUAAAUAUCAUUGCAUCUAUCUUAGUAUUGUUGUUUCACGUAUACGUACCCCCUUUAUUAUGUUUUUUUUUUCAUCUAUAAUUGUAUUGUGCCUUAUUUUCUAAUUGUGAUAUUUCUACUUUAUCAAAUUUUCUUUUUUCUUUGAGAUUAUCAUUGGUUUGUGUUGUGUUAAUCAAUUUUGCAAUACUGAUGCAUUUCUGUAUAACUUAUGUUCGUAAGCGAUUUUUUGCUCAAAAUUAGAUUUUUUCCUUGCGAUCCGUGUGUACUUAUAGUUCAUGAAAUUUGUAAGACUGUUUUUAUUUUAUUAUGUGAAAAAUGUUAUCUCCAAAUUAUAAAUAUAAGUUAUUUUCAGA